AUGGACGUCCAUAAUGCCUUCUUGCAUGGCGAACUUGAUGAAGAAGUUUACAUGAUUCCACCACCUGGAUAUUGUAUUAAGGGGGAGACUCGAGCAGACCACUCUCUAUUCACCUUGACUACUCCUACUAGUCUUACACUUAUUCUUGUAUAUGUGGACGACAUCUUGGUCGCUGGCAAUGAUCUCUCUCAGGUCACAUUUUUCAAAUCUGUUAUUUCAACUCACUUCAAAACCAAGGAUCUCGGACCUCUCAAAUAUUUCCUUAGACUUGAAGUCGCUCGCUCUCCUUCUGGCAUUUUUCUUAAUCAGCAAAAAUAUGCCUUGGACAUUCUUGCCGAUAGUGGUCAACUUGGUUCUCGCCCUGCUCCAUUUCCCAUGGAACAAAAUUUGAAGCUCAACGACACUGAUGGUGACCCUCUUCCUGAUCCCGCUCCUUACCGACGAUUAGUUGGACGACUCAUCUAUCUCACCAUCACCAGACCCGACAUCGUCUUUGCAGUUAAUAUUCUCAGUCAAUUCAUGCAUGCUCCUCAAAUUCCUCACAUGACAGCCGCCACUCGUGUUCUCCACUACCUUAAAAGCGCUCCAGGACAAGGCAUUUUCUUUCCCUCUUCUAAUGAUAUUCAUGUUCGUGCUUACACAGAUUCUGAUUGGGCUAGCUGUCCUACUACUCAACGCUCCACGACAGGCUUCUUCAUCACACUUGGUUCUAGUCCCAUUUCUUGGCGCACUAAGAAACAAACUACAGUUGCUUGCUCCUCUACAGAAGCUGAAUAUCGUGCCAUGGCCGUCACCACAUGCGAACUAGUCUGGUUACAACAGCUCUUUCAUGACCUUGGCAUCCCACAUAAAAUUUCUAUGACUCUCUAUUGUGACAAUCAGCCACCCUCCACAUUGCUCAAAAUCUAG